AUGGCAUCCUCUCUACUCCUCCUCAUCGCCGCCGCCGCCGCCGUAUCUCUUCUAAUAUCUCCGGCGAGUUCGCAAACCUGCAAAUCUCAAAAAUUUGGUGAAAACACCACCUUCUCCAGCUGCAUGGAUCUCCCCACACUGAACGCCUUCCUCCACUGGACGUACAUCAAUUCAUCGGCCAACGCCACCCUCAGCAUCGCCUUCAUCGCAACUCCGGCGAGUCCCAACGGCUGGAUUGCGUGGGCCCUCAAUCCCAUCGGCACCGGCAUGGUCGGAGCUCAAGCUCUCCUCGCCUUCAGAGACAGUACCGAAGGCGGCUCCUCCUCCGCCGUCGUGAAGACGUACAGCAUCUCCUCGCGCAGCUCCAUCACCGAGUCCCCGAUAUCGUACGAGGUUCUGAGCAAGCGGGCCGAGUUUUCCGGCGGGACGGUGACGAUAUUCGCCACGCUGGUUCUGCCGCCGGGAACAGGUGCGAAGUUGAAUCAGGUCUGGCAGGUGGGCGCGUCGGUGAGGAAUGGCGCGCCGGUGGCGCACGCCAUGUCGCCGGAGAACUUGAGCUCGAAAGGAACCUUGCUGCUGGAAAGUACGGCGGCGAAGAAUGGACACGCCCCGCCGCCGGAAGGUACUAGCGGCGGUGGUGGUGGUCCUCCACCAACUCCGGCGAAGCGGAACGUGAAUGAUAAUGGUGGUUGUUCGAUGAUUUGUGUGAGUGGAUUCUGGCUGUAUGGAAUAUUGGUGCUACUGGGGGUAGUUUUGGGUUUUUAG